CUGCGCUCGGUGCGCGGCGGUUCCGCGCGGCCUCCUCCUGCCUCAGGCACAGCCCCUCGGCCCGGCCGCGCCGCCGCCAUGAGCUCGGGGACGCCGUACAUCGGCAGCAAGAUCAGCCUGAUCUCCAAGGCGCAGAUCCGCUAUGAGGGCAUCCUCUACACCAUCGACACCGAGAACUCCACCGUGGCGCUGGCCAAGGUGCGAUCCUUCGGUACUGAAGACCGGCCCACAGACAGACCUGCUCCUCCCAGAGAAGAAAUCUAUGAAUACAUCAUUUUUCGGGGCAGUGACAUCAAAGACAUCACUGUCUGUGAACCUCCAAAAGCUCAGCAUACUCUGCCACAAGAUCCUGCCAUUGUUCAAUCUUCACUGGGCUCUGCCUCUACAUCAUCCUUUCAGCCACAUGUGCCUUACAGCCCGUUUAGAGGUAUGCCACCUUACAGCCAGCUUGCAGCCAGCUCUUUACUUAGCCAGCAGUAUGCAGCUUCAUUAGGUUUAGAGAAAUUGGUAAGCCCUCCAGCAUCAGCAGCUGCUUCCAGUCCUAGUUCUUCUCCGUCUCCACAACCUGUCUCAGAGCCUGACAUGUCUUCAGAGCCCCAUCAGCUCUCUUCCAAGGGUGCUGGUUUUCCUUCUGUUCACCCGGUCCGCAAAAGCCCCAUGGUGGAACAGGCUGUCCAGACCGGGCCGGUGGACAACAUGAAUUCACAAAAGCCACCCCCAGUGAAAGUCAACCCCGGGGUUCAGCGCAACGGGAGGCAGGUUCCCCAGGGCAGCACUAAGGCAAAUGAUACAGUUCAGGCAGCACCUGUGCAAACUCAAGGGCAGGUGAAUGAUGAGAACAGAAGACCUCAAAGGAGAAGAUCGGGAAACAGGAGAACCAGAAACCGUUCUAGAGGCCAAAACAGACCAACUACUGUGAAGGAAAAUACAAUAAAGUUUGAAGGUGACUUUGACUUUGAAAGUGCAAAUGCACAAUUCAACCGAGAGGAACUUGAUAAAGAAUUCAAGAAGAAACUGAACUUUAAAGAUGACAAAGCAGAGACGGGGGAAGAAAAAGGGGACCCUGGAGUGGCAACUCAAAACAAUGAUGGCAGUGCAGAGGAGGACCUUCUGGGGCCCAACUGCUACUAUGAUAAAUCCAAGUCUUUCUUUGACAACAUUUCCUCAGAGCUGAAGUCUAGUUCCAGGCGCACCACGUGGGCUGAGGAGAGGAAGCUCAACACGGAGACGUUCGGAGUGUCCGGCCGCUUCCUCCGUGGCCGCAGCUUUCGCGGUGGCUUUCGAGGUGGAAGGGGCAGCGGCGCGGCGAGGCGGAACCAACCCACUCACAGAGCUGGUACUGGCAGAGUGUAACUCGAGGCAAGUUCUUUACUGAGAUCAAAACCGAGCCAGGUUUGUCUCUUGUUCCUUGUUUGAGCUCUCUGUGCAACCUCUUUUGCUCUCCAGCCUCCCAGAGGCACCAAGAGUUGUUCCUUAUUGUGUCCGAUUGAUUCUUCUAAGUGGUAGAAGGCAAUAGGAGUGGUUUCAGUGUGGUGUUUCACGUGUUGAAUGUGCUGUUUGUUUCUUGGACUGGCUUUUGGUCUGGGGAAGCAAGAGCUGCUUUGUUGGAGCAGAGGCUUUGCAGCCAAGCGUUUCAGUUGAAACACCGGAGUGAACUUUGCUGUCUCCCGGGAGCAGAUCCCCAUGGCGUCAAAUCUAAUCCUGCUUUUUUUCCUGAAUAGGUCCUAACAUCUCCCCUGAGAGGAUGGAAGUGUAUAUAGAAAUAAACCACCCAACUGCUGCACUAAUGUGGGAAAAUGGUUCAUAUUGUUUGCUGUCUCAGCUCAAGUGACAGAACUUCAUGUACUACUGCUUAUAUUCUGGACUUAUUUUGGACCAGCAACUGUCAGCUGGAAUAUUCUUUGGAAGAGGGAAUGUGUUCAGGGGUACCUUCUUCAGGGUGUCUUUUUUUUGUGUAUGAUUUUUUAAGUGCAGAUUAACUUUCAUGUUCUUCUUUCUGGGUCUCUCAAAGGCUGCUGUAGUCUAAGCUGAAAGUCAGACUCCUUUUCUGAACCCUGAAGAAAUCAUGCUGUUUUAACAUGGAACCAAAGCUCACUUGAAAUAAACCAGCUCUAAUUUCUUUGUUCUGAGUAACCAAAUGGAUUUUGGUGCUGCUGGUUUCAGCAGUAGGUGUGAAGCAGCACUCGGUAUCUGGAAGGAUGGAUUCCUGGUGCUGAGGAGUUGUGUAUAUUGUCACUUGGGAAUACUGGAUUGUUGAUCAUGUAGUAGUGUAAAAGACUGUACAACUGUUUGGCUGGUACUAGUGUGGAGGUACUACAGGUUUACACAGAGCCAUGGCUCUCCCUUGAGCUCAAGGGCACCGUGUGCUCCUCAAACUCGGAGCUCCUUGCAGGGUCGGGGCAGUGCAGGGAGCAGUGCGUUGUGUCCUGGUGGGACUCAUCUCUCCUGUGCUCAGCACAAGGAGGCUUUGGCAGUGUCUGACUGUCUGGGAUGGAAUCCGCAGCUCCGACUUCUUGCUUCAGUUUGUACCUUGCUCCUGGGUAGUACCAAAUGCAAACAGUUCUCUGUACACUCAUAGGCUGUGGUGGAACACUAUGGAAUGUCUUCAUUAAACUGGGGAUGGGAGUCCAUCUCCUGAAGCUUAACCGAUGGGCAUGUUUAAGUUGUUUCCUCUGUAUCCCCCAUACUGUAAAUAGUUUAGUUGGGUUUUUUCUCUUUUGUUUUUAGCAAGCUGUAUGUGGGGAGGGGGCCGGGAGGGGGGAGCCUUUGUUUGCAUGAAUAAGUGGGUUAAAUUGCUGUAGGCAUGCGUCCCUUUUCAGUUGGUAGGGAAUUCUGUUGGGAAAGCACCUUGACGACUGAACCCCUUACAGAGCUAGAGUUUUAGUUACGCGCUGACCUAGGUUACUGUCAAAGCUUGGAUUUAUUUUUGUAGGACUUUAUUGCUAAGACUUAGACCAUAGCAGUGGGGAUGCUCUUUGGAGUAAUGUAAAUUGUAAUUAUAAUAAACAUGUAAAUGUU